UGCUCAGACGAGCAUUUCAGCAAAACCCUGGCGAUCGCUUGGUCACAGCGUCCCAGAAAAGUAGUUAUAACCCGUACCCCACUUCCUUUAAAAGAAAAUCUAUGCUAACGGCUCACAGAAGGAGAGACCUCACAGAACAUUAUGUCCGCCAUGGCUCCUGCCGCAGACAAAAACCUGACAGGACUUGUUGCAGCCACAUUUACUCCGAUCACCGCGCUAGGUGAAAUCAACCUAUCAGUGAUUGGACCUUAUAUUGACUACUUGAAAGAGAAGCAAGGUGUAAAUAGCGUGUUUGUGAACGGCACCACGGGAGAGAGCAUGUCUCUCAGUGUGGAAGAGAGGAAGAUCCUGGCUGAGGAGUGGUGUCAAAGAGCAAAGGGCAAGAUGGAUCAGGUGAUUGUUCAUGUUGGCUGCCUGAGUCUUAAAGAUGCCCAAGAACUGGCUCGCCAUGCAGCACAGAUCGAGGCAGAUGGUAUAGCGGUCAUUGCCCCCUCCUUCUUCAAGCCCAGCACUGCAGAUGCUUUGAAGACGUUCCUCCGGGAAGUGGCUUCAGCUGCUCCAACUCUGCCCUUCUAUUAUUAUCAUAUCCCAUCAGUCACUGGUGUUAACGUGAAAGCAAGAGAACUAAUAGAAAGCAUUGAGAAGAUGAUUCCCUCCUUUAGAGGUGUGAAGUUCAGUGGGAAUGACCUAAUGGACUUGGGCCAGUGUAUCAGUUACAGUCCGCCUCACUGGUCAGUCCUCUACGGCAUGGAUGAGCAACUACUAGGAGCCCUGGCAAUGGGAGCCCAUGGAGCAGUUGGCAGUACAUAUAAUUAUAUGGGAUGUCAUUUCAACAAGCUCAUAUCAGCGUUUGAAAAAGGCGAUCUUGUCCAAGCCAGGACUAUACAGUUCAAGAUGCAAGAGCUUCUGAGCUUUGCCAUGAAACUCGGUUUUGAUGUAGGAGUUAACAAACAGCUGAUGAAUGAGCUGUCGGGCUUGGAUCUGGGGCCCCCUCGGCUCCCGCUGAUGACAUGUGCUACUGCUCAUGCUCUGGCCAUCAAACAGAAAUACAACAGCAUCUUUCCUGAAGAAUGAUAUGUUGGUGCUUGAUUGUCAAACCUUGAAAAUCCCUCAUUCACUGUUCCCUUCAUUGCUCACCUUAUUCCAGUUAUUAAUCACCCAAACCAUCCAGAAAGGGUUUCUCUAUAUUGUAAGGUAUUGGCCUUGCUAUCUGAAGUGUCCUAAUUAAUCCUGAUAUUAAUUACUGAGUUUUGCAAGAUACAGCACUGUGCAAAAGUCUUGAGCCACCCCUCAUUUCUUUAUAUUUGCUUCCAAAAAAAAAAAAUCAGACUUUCUUGAAAUCUUUUAACAGUCAUCAGUAUAUACAGGGGAGGUCAGGAGAAAGGUACAGCAGUGAGUGUCUACAACCAUCUGUAAAACAUGGUGGAGGCUCUGUCAUGGUUUGGGGCGACAUUUCACUCAGUGGUGUUGGGGAUCUUGUCAAAACUGAUGGAAUUAUGAACACAGAAAAGUACUGUCCAGUUUUGACAGUACUUUUCUUCCUGUUUCCCUUCCUUUGAGGCAUGUGGAAAGUGUCUGAAUGGCAUUGGCUUCAGCAUGACAAUGAUCCCAAACACAGUGCUGAUACCAAGCAUACUUGGAUAAAAAUAAAAAAAAACUGAUAGUAUUCCACACAGUGGUGCACUAUCAGUCAUGAAUUGACCUUCACGGAGCCCAGAUCUCAACAUUACUGAAGCAGUGUGGAAUCAUCUUUGUACAUGUUUCAAUAAACUGCUGGACCUCUUUCCCAUUCUCCUAGCAAAAUAUGAAGAAACGGGGGCUCAAAACUUUUGCACUGUAUUGUAUAAAAUAAAAAAUUUUAAAUGCUUCAGUCAUAGACUGUUUAGCUGCAACAUUAUAACCACUUGUUUAAUAUUAUAAGGGUCUUACUUGUGCCACAAAGACACAUCAAGCCAUAGAUAAGAGAGCUCUGGCCUGCGGUGUUAGAUCUUAGUAAGCAGUGGGUUGCAGAGAGGGGUCUCCUUGGACUGGACUUGCUCCGUCACAUCCAGCAGAUGCUUGAUCAGAUUGGCAUCUUCAAAGCUUUUUGGUUUUGGUUUGUUUGUUUGUUUGUUUUCAUGUUCUUAGAGCCGUUUUCCGUUGUGUUGUGAUGGGGCACUUUGUCCUGUUAAGGGAGGCUGCUGCAAUCAGGAGGCAUGUGCUUGGUUUGCAGCAGUGUUUAAGUGGUUGGUACAUGUCAAACAUUCAAAUGCAUACUAGGACCUGAGGUUUACCAGCAGAACAUCGCAUUGUAACACACACACACACAUAAAAAUAAAAAUCUGUUAUUCCAUUCUCUUAUGACUGGUUUUCAUUUUGUAGCUGAUCUGUUUUUACAACUACAUGAUGAAUUUGUCAUUAAUCUCUCCUGAGAUGUAUACACACAUUUUACUGAUUUGCUGCACAGGAAUAAUUUUAUGGGCAUUCUCUGCUGACUUCAAAUAUUUAAACUUUUUAAUGUGCAUCCAUCCACUUUUUUUCCACAGUUCAGAGUU